AUGGACCCGCGCGACGUCGCGGCGUACAUCGAACGCCAACGCGCGCGGCGCGCGCCGUGCGUGGUCGUGCUCACGCCCGACGACGAUGCGCGCGCGCGCGAAAGUUUGAGCGCGGCGCUGGAUGUCCCCAGACUCGUCGACGUUUUGCGCCCGUUUCGCGUCGUCGACGACCUGAACGUCGUCGUGCGCGCGGACGCGGAGAACCCGCAGCGAGCGCUGAGCGUGCGGGCGCUAGAGGUGCGGUUUAAGAGCGAUUCGGGGGCGACGUCGGCGACGCGGGACGACGCGGAAGCGCGCGGCCGGGACGCCGUCGCGAGCGAAUGCUUCGAUGUUUCGACCAUGACCGACGAUACGUGCGGACGGGCGCGACGAGAGACGGGUGAUGCGUGCGUGCGACGAGCGAGAACGGAGGCGGAGACGAGCGGGAGGUUUGAGAAAUUCUUUGACGCGAACGAGCGGGCGACGGCGUUUAACGAGUGCGAGGCGUUUGAUCACGCGCUCGGAGCGAUUCUUUGCGUGCGCGCGGGAAAAUCUUCGUACGAGGACGUGCUACAAUCAUUCGAGGACUUAAAACAGCAGUUUUUGCGACUGCCGGUGUUCGCCACGGGUGGAGCGGAUCCAGAGACGUGUUUCGGGAAGGUGCUCGUGUGGGACGCGAGAGAUGGAGCGACGACAAAGGAAGAAGCGGAGGCUUUGUUGCAGCGCGUGCGUCAGACAGGGGCCUGGGACUGCGAACUAUUGACACUGAAUUCCGAUCUCGAAGGCACGUGCGCGUCUGGGGUCGAUUGGAACGAGCAUAGGGAAACGGUUAUUUCCCGCGCCGCGGCUGAGCGCGCGGGCGUGGCGAACGAGGCGAGUAAAACCAUGGGGCGUUACAUGAGCUUGGAAGACGUCGAUCGGGCAAAAACGUACGUGCGAGUGUUCGUAACGAAAACCUUACUUCCACACAUGGAGCGAAAGCUCUUCGCGCUAUCGACACAGAUUUACAACACGAGAAAAGGUUUAAGAAAUCAAUUCAAGACCUUUUGGGGACGAAGCACGGCGACGGCGACGGCACAUCGAGAUGGCGAACAAGGCCAUCGAUCGCCCGAGGGACAAAUUCGGCUCGCCGGAGAUUUAGCGUUCAUGCUCGGCGAUUACGACACUGCGUUGGCGAAUUUCAAGCUCGUACAUUCGGAUUACAAAUCGCAAAGUGCGUGGAAGCGAUUGGCGAGUUCGUACGAAGCCAUGGCGCACGUGUACGUAGCGACUCGUCAUUUGCGCAAUAAGGCGGAUUUGAAAAAAGACAUCAACCACGCAUAUGACAGCGCGAUGACGAGUCUGUUGAAGUACGAAACGAUCGGUGGGGUUGGUGAUUUGCAUCUAGCGCACGUCGAGAUGUUGAAGGCGCGUUCGGCGGUGGAACAUGCCAAGGCGCUGACAGCCAUCGGUGCGUAUCGGGAAGCGCACGCGCCACUUGUUUCGGCGUCUGCAUUUGUACACUCCGAUCUGCGAGCGGCACUCUUGCUUGAGCGCGCCGCGUUCGCGUUCGUCCGCUGUCACCCUCCUAUGGUGCGCAAAUUCGCGUCGUACAUGAUUUUAGCCGGCGCGAGGUACGUGCGUGCGGGCGCUAUAGCGGCUGCGACUCGAUGCUACUCCUUCGCUCUGCCGGUGUCGAACGAGUAUGGCUGGAGUGCGGCAUUAGAGCACUUGAACACCACCCUCGGUCGUCUCGUGGCGAACAUCGGACACACGAAAGCGGCGCUGGAGUUUUUCAGAGACGCGGUGGGGUGUGCGGCAUAUUUACCGGCCGACGCACAAACCGUUCGUAUCGAUGCGCUCGAAGAAUUCGCUGCGAAAUACGCGAGUGAAGUGCCCGCGGAGCAGCGCAACGCGAAAGACGACGAGCUGGCGUGUCCCUUGCCCGAAAUGAACGUCCAAAAAGUCAAAGUGAUAUUUGCGGACGAUCGUGAGUCGAGCGAAUCGACUUCUGAUCACGGUGAAGAAGCGUGGAGCGCCAUUGAACGGGGUGGAGUUAUCCCACAGAACUUGCUUGCGGCCGCACCGGGAGCGAAUUGGCUGAGUGGUGGUCCUCGCACGAUUGAGAUCGAGCAAACAGCAGUGUGCGCCUCCGGCGAAGACGUGAAAAUAGACGUCGAUUUGAAGAAUCCACUCCGCUUGCCUUUGGACGUGAAUAAUCUGCGUUUGCUGUGGGAGUUUACGCCAUCGAAUGGGACGUUAGUAUCAAACGACCGCGGCGAGACUUCGGACGCACUCGUGCGAGCAAAGGUGGAGAAUAAAGUUUUCGCGCCGCAGUCAGAGCAAACGAUUCGGCUCACCAUCACGCCGAGCGCUUCGGGUGUCUUACGCGUGUCAGGCGUGGCGUGGACCGUGGGGUCGAAACGGGUGCUACACGGCCGUCGAUACUUCGAUGUCAGUGCGCCUCGAACGCGUCGUGGGGCAAACGGCGAGUGGUUACGCGACGUCACAAAGCACAAACGGUUGGUGUUUAACGUUUGCGAGACGGUGCCAAGAUGUGAUGGCACGCUCGAAGGCGUCCCCAAGCGCUCAAUGGAUGGCGCUCUGCAGAGAAUAGACUUAGUCAUCUCCAACGUCACGCAACCGAUGGCAAAAUGGAUCCGGGUGCGUUUGCCGAGAUCCGUUCUCCGUCCAGUUGACGCGUCUCACGUGCCCGUGACCGAACCGACCGUGAAGCGUAAUUCGAGUCGAGAGGAUCUCGAAAGAGACUCGAUAAAUCGCGGUGAUGGUGACGGUGGGGACGAUGACGUCGUAGAUAGCGAUGGUGUGAUCUACGCGCUGCCUGCUUGGGAGACGCUCGAGUCUGGGUCAACGAUUCGCUGGCCACUGUGGUUUCAUCCAAACGCCGUCGGUCGCACCGCUGUGCGCAUCUGCGUGUGCUAUCAGCCCGAACCUCCAGCGCCAAAGUUAUUGCGCUAUCGUACGAUUCGUAUCUUUGAAAGCGUGGAGGUCACACCUUCCAUGCGCGUGAGCGCGAUGACGAUACCGUCGCCUUCGCAUCCGUUGGCGCGAGUCAUUCGAUUGUCCAUUGCGAGUGGGCGAGAGCAAACGGAUAUCUUCAAACUCGGAAGCGUGCGGCUUGGAUCGAGCAAAGAUCGCGUGAAGUACGAACUGAUACCUCUCAUGAAGCACGCCACGGCACCGCGAUUGAUUGCUCCCGGGGAGACGAUCGAGACGCUCAUAAAAUGUUCGCCGAGCGAGGAGGCAAACGCGAAGGAACUGCUCAACUUUGUGGACGCCAUCCCGGAAGAAAGCGCGAAACCCUUGUUUGCGUUUCACAAUUCAUUCAAAAAGAACGAUGCAAAACGUGCGUUGAAAGUGCGCAACGAAGCGAUCACGGAUGGUUUGAUGAUAACAUGGUCGUUGAAGGGUGGAGAUGUCGUCGGCGCGCAGCACGUACGCAACGUCGUCGAGCUCACGCGGUGCACGGAUACUACCCGCACACCCAACGAGCUGAAAAGCAAGGUGACCUGGACAAUCAAUUAUGCUAGCACGAUUAAGCUCGACGAGACGGCGCCAGGUAACAUGACGUACUCAUCCGUCACCUUGAGCGCUCGGAACGAAUCCGACGACGCGCUCGACAUUGUCUUUGUCGCCGACGCGACGUCAUCGGCGCCCGCCAACGUUGAAAGCGGCGGCUGGUCUCUGGAAAUCGAUAAGAACGCGUGGCAAAACCGAGAAACGCUACCCACAAGCGAGGACAAGCGCCGACGGCCGAUUCCCCUGCCGCCUGGCAAACCUAUUGUGUGGGUUGGCCCAGUGCGCCGCGUCGCCAAAAACGUCGCCCCUGGCGCGGUUUUCAAUUUCCCCCUCACCAUCGCGUGUUUCGCCAAAGGCGAUCACAUUUUAGAUGGUUACACGCUGAGCUGGACCGAAACUGCGCCCGCGCCCUCCGCGACGCCGGGAUCGAUGUCCAUAUCCUCGGUCUCGCGAGCCACCGACGGCGCUCGCGUCGCCGUUCCGACGGAUGCCCGCAACGCGCCAUUCAUCAUCACCGUCACGUAG